UCCAUCCGGGAGGCCUAGGAGAGAAGGAAGGAUGAGGGAGAUCAUAAGCAUACACAUUGGGCAGGCGGGGAUUCAGGUGGGGAACUCGUGCUGGGAGCUCUACUGCCUCGAGCAUGGCAUUCAGCCCGACGGCAUGCUCCCCAGCGACACGACGGUAGGUGUUGCGGCCGAUGCUUUCAACACCUUCUUCAGCGAGACCGGCUCGGGCAAGCAUGUUCCUCGGGCCAUCUUCUUGGAUCUGGAGCCGACCGUCAUCGACGAAGUCAGGACCGGAUCUUACCGGCAGCUCUUCCACCCGGAGCAGCUGAUUUCCGGCAAGGAAGAUGCUGCCAAUAACUUCGCCAGAGGCCACUAUACCGUUGGGAAGGAAAUAGUGGACUUGUGCCUCGAUCGAGUGAGGAAGUUGGCAGAUAAUUGUACCGGUUUGCAAGGGUUUUUGGUGUUCAAUGCUGUUGGUGGUGGGACUGGUUCUGGUCUGGGAUCCCUGUUGCUAGAACGGUUAUCCGUAGAUUAUGGGAAGAAGUCGAAGCUUGGUUUCACCAUCUAUCCUUCUCCCCAGGUCUCAACAGCCGUCGUGGAGCCCUAUAACAGUGUUCUAUCUACUCAUUCCCUCCUUGAACACACAGAUGUUGCUGUGCUCUUGGAUAAUGAGGCUAUAUACGAUAUUUGCAGGAGAUCCCUGGACAUUGAAAGGCCAACUUACACCAACUUGAACCGAUUGAUAUCUCAAAUCAUAUCAUCUUUGACAACUUCGUUAAGGUUUGAUGGAGCCAUUAAUGUGGAUAUCACGGAGUUCCAGACCAACCUCGUUCCUUAUCCGCGUAUUCACUUCAUGCUCUCUUCUUAUGCCCCCGUAAUCUCGGCUGAAAAGGCAUAUCACGAGCAGCUAUCGGUUCCUGAGAUCACUAAUGCGGUGUUUGAGCCAUCAAGCAUGAUGGCUAAGUGUGAUCCUAGGCAUGGGAAGUACAUGGCCUGCUGCUUGAUGUACAGGGGUGAUGUUGUUCCUAAAGAUGUCAAUGCUGCUGUAGCCACCAUAAAAACCAAGAGGACUGUUCAAUUUGUUGACUGGUGUCCCACUGGCUUCAAGUGUGGAAUCAAUUAUCAGCCUCCAACUGUUGUUCCUGGGGGUGACCUCGCCAAGGUUCAGCGUGCUGUGUGCAUGAUCAGCAACAACACAGCAGUAGCUGAGGUGUUCUCACGCAUUGACCACAAAUUCGAUCUCAUGUAUGCUAAGAGGGCAUUUGUUCACUGGUAUGUUGGUGAGGGCAUGGAGGAAGGAGAAUUUUCAGAGGCUCGUGAAGACUUGGCUGCCCUCGAGAAAGACUACGAGGAAGUGGGUGCGGAAGGUGUCGAUGAUGAGGAAGAAGGUGAAGACUAUUAGUAUUGUAAUCCUGCAAGGAGAUCUCGAGGAAUGAUAUCAGUGGUCAGGGUUUGUCCGCCACCUUAUAUGGAAUUCUGUUUAUAUUUCUUGUGUAGACGUGUGCUAUUUCCUCAUGCCUAUGAAAUUGUGGAACUCGUUGCCUUAUUAUGAGAGCUGUUUUGUGGUGCUCGAAACUUGAGAUGGCAAUAAAUAUCGAACCUGGUUUGCUUGUA